AUGCCUGAGUCAGAAAUCAGAAACGAAGUCGAAGGCAAUUCCUUCAAAAAGGAUUCCGAGGGCAAUUCUUUCAUCAAGAACUCUAAUGAGAUCAGCUCUCUUCAAGACACUGAGCACGAUGCCGCUGUGGUGAACAUUGACCAAAACAAGAAAGAAAUCGGUAUAAUAUCGUCCAUUUUCCUUGUCACGAAUAGAAUCAUCGGUGCCGGUGUUUUCUCCACCGCUUCCACCAUUUUGGAGCUUUCGGGCUCCGUCGGUACUUCCUUGAUUAUGUGGGUGGUUGGCUCCAUCAUUGCUUUUACUGGUCUUCUAACCUAUAUGGAGUUGGGAUCUGCUAUUCCAAGAAAUGGUGGUGAGAAGAACUACUUGGAAUACAUUUACAGGAAGCCAAAGUUUUUCGUCACGGCCAUGUACGCUUCAUAUGUUUUCUUCCUCGGUUGGGCUGCUGGUAACUCUAUUGUCACCGGUGAGUUUUUGCUUAACGCUGCUGGUACCGAGGUUACCCAGUGGAACUCCAGAGCUAUUGGUAUUGGUGUGAUUACUUUCGCUUUCUUGGUCAACGGUCUUAACGUCAAGGCCGGUUUGUUCUUGGCCAACAUUCUUGGUGUUUUCAAGGUGGUUAUCAUUCUUUUCAUCUCCAUCACCGGCUGGGUCGCCUUGGGCGGUGGUAUCAAGAACGACGAGUUCCAAGACCCAAAGAACUUUGACGAUGCUUUCAGCGGUACCACACCAACUGGUUUCGGUAUUGUCAACGCCUUGUACAACAUUAUUUGGUCUUACGUCGGUUACUCCAACGCCAACUACGCUUUGGGUGAAAUCAAGAACCCAGUCAGAACCUUGAAGAUCGCCGCUCCAACCGCUUUGCUUACCAUCACCAUUCUUUACAUGUUGGUCAACGUUGCUUACUACGCUGUUGUGCCUGCUGACGAGAUCCGUAACUCGGGUAGAAUCGUCGCUUCCGCUUUCUUCAGAUACGCUUUCGGUAAGGAAGCCGAGAAGGCUGCUUCUGUCUUCGUCGCCCUCUCUACUUUGGGUAACGUCUUGUCUGUUAUCUUCUCCCAAGGUAGAAUUAUCCAGCAGUUGGGUCGUGAGGGUAGUUUGCCAUUCUCCAGAUUCUUUGCCACCCAAAAGCCUUUCAACACUCCAUUUGUUGGUCUUCUCCAGCACUGGGUUGUCUGUAUUGUCACCAUCGUGGCCCCACCACCAGGUGAUGCUUACAACUUUGUCUUGAACUUGAUUUCCUACCCAUUGAACGUUGUCAACACUUUCGUUGCAUUGGGUUUGUUGUGGCUCAAGUGGAACAGUUACAGAGGUAACGCUCACUGGAAGGCUCCUAUCACUUGCCCAUGGCCUGUUACUGCUUUCUUCUUCCUUUCUUCCUUGUACUUGAUUGCUGCUCCAUACAUUCCUCCAAGUGAUGGCCAGACCGUCUACCAGGACUUGCCUUACUGGAUUCAUCCUGUUGUCACCUGGGGUGUCUUCGCCGUUGGUGCUAUCUACUGGCUUGCAUGGACCAAGAUUAUUCCACACAUCUUUGGCUACACCUUGGAGGCAAAGGAAAUCUUGGGUGAAGAUGGUUUCUGGAGAAACAAGUUCUUCAAGAUUCCUCACGGUGAGGUCGUCGAAGAGCCAGAAAUUAAGGAAGAUUGA